CUUCUUGCAGUGCCGGGGGCGGGACGAGGUGGAGCGGGACGGGGGCGGGGAGGAGCCGGUGCCCGGUUCCCGGUUCCCCUUGCCCGGCUGCCGGCGCUGUGGGGUCGGUCGGUCGCCAUGCCGUUCGUGGAGCUGGACACCAACCUGGCGGCUGAGCGGCUGCCGCCGGAGCUGCCGCAGAAGCUGUGCGCCGCCGCCGCCGCCAUCUUAAGCAAGCCCGCUGAGGAUUGUCAUUCGCUUUUACCCACUGGAGCCCUGGCAGAUCGGCAAGAACAGGACAGUGAUGACUUUCCUGUGAUCCCUCAAGCAGUCCGUGGGAACGAAGCAAUGAUGAAGACAACCCAGAGAAUUUUCGAGGCUGAAUGUUUGUGUGGCGAUGGCAGUGUGCAGAGGAGGCAGCUGCUUGUGAAGAAUUGCAUUAUGCCACGGGAAAAUACUUUGAAGGUACCAGACAUGGAGGCACAGAGGAGCUAAGAGCAUGGAGGUCCGUGGAGACACAAGGCUGAAGAGUACUUCUGCAUUCCUUCAUAAUUCCGAUUAGAUUUUAUUUGUUUAUGUCUUGAGGUCUCAAGAUAGUUAAAGAUAUCCUCUCUAAUUACCAUUAGAAGUAAGCUAUUCCCUAUGCAGCUUAAGUAUCUUCUAUGUUUGCAAAAUCUCAUUCAGGGCCACUGGGGGGCCCACACAUCUGAUUAAUAAAAUUUAUCAGAACCUCU